AUGGCGGCGGCGGGCGCGGUGGCCGAGGCGCCCGCGCCGCCGGUGCUGCCGUACCGCGUCGGCCACGGGUUUGACCUGCACCGCCUGGCGGAGGGCUACAAGCUCAUCAUCGGCGGCGUUGAGAUCCCUCACACCAAGGGCUGCGAGGCUCACUCAGACGGCGAUGUCCUGCUGCACACAGUGACGGACGCCAUCCUGGGCGCCCUCUGCCUGCCAGACAUUGGCCAGCUGUUCCCGGACAACGACCCCAAGUGGAAGGGCGCCAACAGCGACAUCUUCUUGAAGGAGGCGGUGCGGCUGAUGGGGGAGGCCGGCUACACCCUGGGCAACCUGGACGCCACCAUCAUUGCUCAGAAGCCCAAGCUCUCGCCGCACAAGGAGAACAUCCGGAUGAACUUGAGCGAGCUGCUGCAGGCGCAUCCCUCCGUUAUCAACAUCAAGGCCAAGACCCACGAAAAGGUCGACAGCAUCGGCGAGGAGCGCAGCAUUGGCUGCCACGCGGUUGUCAUGCUCAUCCGCACGCAGCUGGAGGUGGUGGCGGCCGCCACCGGGAUACUGGGAUGCACUGCAGCACUGGCGGAAGCACCCGCCGAGGCCGUGCCAGAAGCGGAGGCACCCGCUAAGGCCGAGCCAGAGGCCGCGUCCGAGGCGCCCCAGCAGGCGGAAACACCCAAGAAGGCGCCCGCACCCGCCAAAGCCGCGGGGGCGCCGGCAGAGGCACCCGAGGCUUUGCCGGAGCUAGCGCCCGCCAAAAAAGCAGCUGAUGCGGUUACCAAGGAGGACAAGGAUGCGGCGCCGCCUGCAGAGUCCAAGGUCGCGCCUGAGCCCGCGCCAGCGGUUGGCCAGACAGGAGCCUCGAAAUCGGCGCCCAAGCCGACCGCAGGCUCGCCGCCAUCGCCCCGCCGCGCCAAGCCGCCGCCGACGGCCGUCAAGGUGGUAGCAGUUGCGGCAGAGGCCAUCGUUCACAACGGCGACGACAUCGAUCCCGAGGGCGCGUGCCAGGACUUCCUGCCGUCGUCCACCUGCAAGGACGUUGACCUGGGGGACGGCCGGCUGGCAGAGUGCGUCAGCCAGCUCAUAGCGGCGGCCGAGUCGGAGGGCGAGGACGGCGAGGCAGUGCCUGUGCCCGAGCUUUGUGAAGACGAGGUGUACAAGUACUACAUCAACCGCAGCACAAACAUCAACCUGAACGUGCCGCUGGCCAAAGCCUGCAAGGAGGACGCUGAGAAGUUCUGCAACAACACCUGGUUCUUCGGGCCCACAGAGGGCCGUGUCAUCUCCUGCCUCAGGGACAUCAAGGACAAGGUGACCUCGCCCUGCAAGGUGCAGAUCUUCAAGCUGCAGCGCGCAGCCGCGCGCGACUACCGCGCGGACCCCGCCAUCAAGGAGGCGUGCCAAGGGGACGUGGACCGGCUGUGCGGCAAGGACGUCAAGGAGGGCGGCGGACGCAAGCAGGCCUGCCUGCGCGAGAACCAGCUGAAGCUGAGCUGGGAGUGCGCGGAGCAGCUGUUCAGGCAGGAGCUCGAGGCGGACGACGACAUCCGGCUGAGCGUGAGGCUGUACCAGCGGUGCCUCGGCGACAAGAAGCGCUUCUGCGCAGAGGUGGAGCCGGGGCAGGCGGAGGCGAAGGACUGCCUGGUCGAGCACAGGAACGACAACGGGUUCAGCGCGCCGUGCAGGGAGGAGCUCGAGUCGAUGCUAGAGCGCCGCGUGCGCGACUUCCGGAUCGACAGCCGCCUGCGUCGCAACUGUCAGCAGGACAUCAUGGUGCUGUGCGGCAUGUUUGACUCCGUGGGCGGUGACGAGGCUGAGUACAGCAUCUGCUUGCAGGACUAUGUAAAUGAGAUCCGGGAUGACAAGUGCCGCGCCCUGGUGCGGCAGUACCAGGGCCUGGCGGCGCAGGACAUCCGCUUUUCGGCGCCGCUGGCUGACGCCUGCUUCGACGACCGCACAAAGCUCUGCCCCAACGUGCCGCCGGGAUCCGCACGCGUGAUCCGCUGCCUGCAGUCGCAGCGCGCCGGGCUGUCCCCCACCUGUCGCGCCACGCUGUUUGACUCCGAGGUCACUUUUUCGGAGAACAUCGACUUCCAGUACCCCAUGAAGCAGGCGUGCUCCAAGGAGAUCGGGCUCUUCUGCGCCAAGGUGCCGCACGGCAACGCGCGCGUCAUACGGUGUCUCCAAGAGAACAAGCAGAAGAAAGAUUUUGGCAAGGCCUGCAAGGCCGAGGUGGCGGCCUACGAGCAGCGGGCAUCCCAGGACUACCGCCUGAACCACAGGCUGCGCACCUCCUGCCGAGCGGACGUGGGCGCGCUGUGCAAGGGCGCGUGCGACGAGGACAAGGAUGACCAGGUGUGCGGCGGCUCUGUGCUGCGGUGCCUGACAGAGAAGAUUGAUGACGUGAAGAGCGAGGCCUGCCGCAAGGAGGUGUUCUAUUACAUGAAAAUGGAGGUCCAGGACUACCACAAUGACGUCAUCCUGGCUGCCGCCUGCCGGGGCGACGUGGACAAAUUCUGCAAGGACGUCGCGCCGGGCGCGCAGGGCGGCGUGCAUGGCUGCCUGCGCACGCACCACAAGGAGCUGUCUGAGGGCUGCCGCGCAGAGCAGCUGCACCUGGAGCAGUCCGAGGCAGAGAGCGUGGAGCUGCGCCCCAGCCUCAUAAGGGCGUGCGUCGGCGAGCGGCAGCUCUUCUGCAAGGACGUGCGGCCGGGUAACGCGCGCGUGUUCAGGUGUCUGGCCAACAAGCUAGCAGACCCCGAUUUCGGCCCCGUGUGUCGUGGGGAGGUGAUCACCAAGAUCCAACGGAGGCAAGCCAACUGGCGCCUGGACCCCCCGCUGCGCCGUGCGUGCCGCGCCGACGUUGCAAAGGUGUGCGCCCCCGAGGAUCGGCAGGCGUCCGAGUCCGGCCUGGUUUACAAGUGCCUGGUCGCCCACGCCGACGAGGUGGACGCCAGCUGCAGGCGGGAGCUCGGCCGCGCGCUCCACAUGGCGUUCUUCGUGUGGAUCCCGGGCAGCAUCCUGACCAGCCCCUGCGACGUGGACAUCGCGCAAGUGUGCCUCAAGGAGCGGCCCAACAUGCUGCACCAGACGGGGCAGAUCGCGCAGUGCCUGGCCGACGGGCUGGACCGCAUCAUAGCGGCGGAGGGCGCCGGACGCAAGAACUUGCGGGACGCCGCCUCGGGCCCCCCUCUGCCGUCCCUCAGCCCAGAGUGCCGCGCCCUCGUCGCGCUCGCCGCGCCGCCAAACAUGCGCGCGGCCUUCGACGAGACGCUCUCCGCCGCGGCGCUGCUCGGCGGGCGCCUGUCGGCGCUCGAGCCGCUCGCGGGCGUGCCGCUGGUCGAGAGGGACGGGCGGGGGCGGGCGCAGGGGCUGACGCUGACGGGGUGGACCGCGGCGCUCGGGGUCGCGUGCCUGGCGGUUGCGCUGAUGGCCGCGGCGACGUACGCGUGGCGCGCGUACACGGGCGCGGGCGACGCGUCGACGCUGGUGCUCAAGUCGCGCGCGGGGUACAAGCGGGUCGACACGACGGGGGCUUAG